GCAUAGUGCACAGGGGCUGGGAAGGCUGCGUCUGAGCACCGGGUUGGCCAGGCUGCUGUGGGCCCUAGGCGGACGUGACUGGAACCGACAAAGAUGGCGGUGCAGGUGGUGCAAGCUGUGCAAGCGGUUCAUCUUGAGUCUGACGCUUUCCUAGUUUGUCUCAACCACGCUCUGAGCACUGAAAAGGAGGAGGUGAUGGGUCUAUGUAUAGGGGAGUUGAAUGAUGACAUAAGGAGUGACUCCAAAUUUACAUACACUGGGACUGAAAUGCGCACAGUUGCAGAAAAGGUGGAUACAGUCAGAAUUGUUCACAUCCAUUCUGUCAUCAUCUUGCGACGUUCUGACAAGAGAAAGGACCGUGUAGAAAUUUCUCCAGAGCAGCUGUCUGCAGCCUCAACAGAGGCAGAAAGGUUGGCUGAACUAACAGGCCGUCCCAUGAGAGUUGUUGGCUGGUAUCAUUCCCACCCUCAUAUAACUGUUUGGCCUUCCCAUGUUGAUGUUCGUACACAAGCAAUGUACCAAAUGAUGGAUCAAGGCUUUGUAGGUCUUAUUUUUUCCUGUUUCAUAGAAGACAAAAACACAAAGACUGGUCGGGUACUCUACACUUGCUUCCAAUCCAUACAAGCCCAAAAAAGCUCAGAGUAUGAGAGAAUUGAAAUCCCAAUCCAUAUUGUACCUCAUAUUACUAUAGGGAAAGUAUGCCUUGAGUCAGCAGUAGAGCUGCCAAAGAUCCUGUGUCAGGAAGAACAGGAUGCAUAUAGAAGGAUUCACAGCCUUACACAUCUGGACUCAGUAACCAAGAUCCAUAAUGGCUCAGGGCAGAUGAAAAUACUAAAUCAACUUUGAAAAAUAUGAAGUUGGAGAGCCCACAUAAUAUAACUUCAAGACUUACUAUAAAGCUGCAGUAACCAAGAUACUAUGAUAUUUGCAGAAUAGAUCUGUAAAUCAAUGGAUCAGGAAAGAAAAUUCAGAAAUAACAACACAAUAUGCUUAACUAAUUUUGAAAAAGUACAAAUUGAUCAAGAAGAAAGGACAGUCAUUUCAACAAGUUGAAUUUCCAUAAGCCAACAAAAUAUAUUCUAAAAGUA